AUGGCAUCGGAGGAACCACUAUUUGACCCGUCGCUCAAGAAGCGCAAGAAGAAAGCCGUAGCCUUUACCGAGGAUCCGUUGGGCGCCGAUGCCGAUCCCACUGCACCUGCACCUGAGACAAUUGAGUCGACCACGACGAACGGCGAUGUCGUUGAUUUGGGACCAACGACAGCCCAUGAACAGAUGAAGCUCAACGGAGAGGAUGUGGCAGGAGGGGAGCCACCAGUUGACGACGACUUCAAGGCAAUGUUUGGUGACUUGAAGAAGAAGAAAAAGAAGAAGGAAAUUCCAAUGGAUCUGGAUCUUGGCACUGACUCUGGUACAAGCGCUCCCGCGCCUGCUCCGGCAGCAGCAGCAACGGAAGAUCUGGACUUCUCUGAUAUCAAGAAGAAGAAGAAGAAAUCCACCAAGACCAAAUAUGACUUGGAGGCUUUCGAAAAGGAGCUGAAUGACUCGAAGGCCAAAACAGCUGAAGAAGAGGAAGAGGAUGUAGAUGCUGCUGCUAAUCCUAACCUCGAUCACGUCGACGAGGCCGAGUUGGGGGAGAACCCCUUCGCUCAGGCGGACGCUCCGGUGGGAGUCGAUGCUGGGAACGAGGCAUGGCUGAAGAGCGACCGAGAUUAUACUUAUCCUGAGGCAAGCAGUCUAAAGCUCUUAACCCGUUUCUAUGCCUCUCUGCAUGCUGCCAAUCCCUCGCUUCUCUCUGCGUCAUCACAAAAACGAUAUACCAUCGCGCCUCCGUCAAUCCAUCGUGAGGGUAACAAGAAAUCCAUCUUCGCUAAUAUUUCUGAUAUUUGCAAACGGAUGCAUCGACAACCGGAGCAUGUCAUUCAGUUCCUGUUCGCUGAAAUGGGUACUACGGGUAGUGUUGAUGGUGCAGGUCGCCUCGUAAUCAAAGGACGAUUCCAACAAAAACAAGUGGAGAACGUCCUUCGAAGAUAUAUUGUUGAAUAUGUUACGUGCAAGACAUGCAAGUCCCCGGACACGCUGCUUACAAAGGAGAAUCGUAUAUUCUUCAUGUCCUGCGAAUCUUGCGGCAGUAGGCGUAGUGUCAACCCCAUCAAGAGCGGUUUCCAAGCACAAGUGGGCAAGAGAAGCAAGAACAAAACCGGCUAG